AUGGCGUGUUUAAUGGCGGCCUGGUCUGUGCACAACGCCACAGUCACCAACUCCAUCAUCCUGACCUCAAAUGGGCCUCCAGACCUCAUGUUGGACCCAAGCUCCGUCACCGUGUGUUUGGACGACUGCGCUCGGAACUCCUCCCACUGCGCCCGGAGCUCCUCCCACUGCGCCCGGAGCUCCUCCCACUGCACCCGGAGCUCCUCCCACUGUGCCCACGGCCCCGCCCCCUGCUCCAGAUGCCCCGCACCCUCCGUCACCGAGGCGCAGCGCUUCAGCUCAUUGCCGCGGCGACCGGCCGUAAACAUCCGCUUCAUCGACGUCAGCUACUCCGUCCCCGAGGGCCCCUGGUGGAGGAGCAGAGGCUCAAAGUUGCUGCUCAGGGGGAUUUCUGGGAGCUUUGACAGUGGAGACCUCGUGGCCAUCAUGGGGCCCUCAGGGGCCGGCAAGUCCACCCUCAUGAACAUCCUGGCAGGGUACAGGGAGACGGGCAUGUCAGGGACCAUCCUGAUAAACGGUCGGCCUCGCGCUCUGAGGUCCUUCAGAAAAGUCUCGUGUUACAUCAUGCAGGACGACAUGCUCCUGCCCCACCUCAGCGUCACCGAGGCCCUCGAGGUGUCAGCGGAGCUCAAACUGCACGAGAGGAGGGCGGAGAGGGACGCCAUGGUGCAGGAGAUCCUGUUGGCUCUGGGGCUGUUGGAUUGCGCCCACACUCGGACGUCUCACCUCUCGGGGGGUCAGAGGAAAAGACUGGCCAUCGCUCUGGAGCUGGUCAACAACCCCCCAGUCAUGUUCUUCGACGAGCCCACCAGUGGUCUGGACAGCUCGUCUUGUUUCCAGGUCGUGUCUUUGCUCAAAGCUUUGGCUCGUGGCGGUCGCACCGUCGUCUGCACCAUCCACCAGCCCAGCGCCAAACUGUUUGAGCUGUUUGACAAGCUCUAUGUCCUGAGUCAGGGUCAGUGCAUCUACAGAGGUCCAGUGAGUCGCCUGGUCCCGUAUCUGAGAGAACUCGGACUCAACUGCCCCACCUACCACAACCCCGCAGACUUUGUGAUGGAGGUGGCGUCCGGUGAACACGGGGAUCAGAGCCUGCGAUUGGUCAGAGCCGUUGAGGAGGCGGACCCUAAACCGGAGACUCUGCCCGACCUCAGCGCCGACGGGCUGCACUCGCUGCUAUGGCAACAGGCCCAGGAGGAGGCGUGUCACAGUUUCUCGGUCUCAUGUUUGUCUCAGUUUUGGAUUUUGUUCAAACGAACGUUCCUCAACAUCCUGAGAGACUCGGUCCUUACACAUCUGCGCUUCCUCUCGCACCUCCUCAUCGGGCUCCUCAUCGGUCUUUUGUAUUUGGGAAUCGGAAAUGAGGCGAAGAAGGUUUUGAGUAACUCUGGGUUCCUGUUUUUUUCCAUGUUGUUCCUGAUGUUCGCCGCUCUCAUGCCGACCGUGCUCACCUUUCCUCUGGAGAUGGGUGUGUUUCUCAGAGAACAUUUAAAUUACUGGUACAGUCUAAAGGCCUAUUACCUCGCCAAGACCACGGCCGACAUCCCCUUUCAGGUGCUGUUCCCGGUGCUGUACUGUGUCAUCGUGUACUGGAUGACCGCUCAGCCGCCGGACGCCGCUCGCUUCUUCCUGUUCGUGGCUCUCGGGGUCAUGACCUCUCUGGUGGCGCAGAGUCUGGGGCUUUUGAUCGGAGCAGCCUCUACGUCACUGCAGGUGGCGACCUUCGUUGGUCCCGUCACAGCGAUUCCAGUUCUGUUGUUCUCCGGGUUCUUCGUGAGCUUUGACACCAUCCCCUGGUACCUGCAGUGGAUGUCCUACUGCUCCUACGUCAGGUACGGCUUCGAGGGCGUGAUCCUGUCGAUCUAUGGACAGGACCGACCGCCACUGCACUGUGACCCUGGCGACACCUGUCACUUUCGAGAUUCGGCGGCCAUCUUGGAGGAACUGGACAUGGGCGGAGCCGAGCUGCACCGCGACUUCCUGGUGCUCGCCGUCUUCUUCCUGUGUCUACGUCUGCUCGCGUACGGCGUCCUGCGCUACAAGAUCAGCGCCCAGAGAUAGUCUACAGCCGGGACUAAACCAGGACUGAACCAGGACUGAACCAGGACUGAACCAGGACUGAACCAGGACUGAACC